CUGCCUGCUUCCCCUUUCCACCCCUGUUUAUGCCCCCUCCCUCCAAGACAGUAAGACACUGAGUCAGACACCUCUCCUGGCUGGCCAGCUGAGCUCACUGAGGCUGAGGCAGCAGAAGGCCAUUAUCCAUGGACUCCCACGAAGUGCUGCUGGCUGCCACAUACCUGCUGGGAACGCUGGCGGCUUUCUGCCUCGGACAGUCUGGAAGGGGUGGCCUAGAUAUCCAGGUGAUGCUAAGUGGCUCCAAUUCCAAGUGUCAGGGUCAAGUGGAGAUCCAGAUGGAAAACAAGUGGAAAACAGUGUGCAGUUCCAGUUGGAGGCUGAGCCAGGACCAUUCGAAAAAUGCCCAGCAGGCCUCUGCAGUGUGCAAACAGCUGAGAUGUGGUGACCCCUUGGCCCUUGGUCCUUUCCCUUCAUUGAACAGACCCCAGAACCAGGUCUUCUGCCAAGGAUCUCCGUGGUCUAUAUCCAACUGCAACAACACAAGUUCACAAGACCAGUGCCUUCCGCUGAGCCUGAUCUGCCUAGAGCCCCAGAGAACGACACCUCCACCCACAACCACCCCACCCACCACCGUGCCGGAGCCCACAGCUCCUCCCAGAUUGCAGCUGGUGCCAGGACACGAAGGCCUGAGGUGCACAGGUGUGGUGGAAUUCUACAAUGGCAGCUGGGGUGGCACCAUCCUCUACAAGGCCAAGGACAGGCCCCUGGGCCUGGGGAACCUCAUCUGUAAGUCUCUGCAGUGUGGCUCUUUCUUGACACAUCUGUCCGGGACAGAGGCAGCAGGGACACCAGCUCCUGCAGAGCUGAGGGACCCCAGGCCCUUGCCAAUUCGAUGGGAGGCCCCGAACGGGAGCUGUGUCUCACUACAGCAGUGCUUCCAGAAAACAACGGCCCAGGAGGGCGGCCAGGCGCUCACCGUCAUCUGCUCUGAUUUCCAGCCCAAGGUUCAGAGCCGCCUGGUCGGGGGCAGCAGUGUGUGUGAGGGCAUCGCUGAAGUGCGCCAGAGAUCACAGUGGGAGGCCCUGUGUGACAGUUCUGCAGCCAGGGGCCGGGGACGGUGGGAAGAGCUAUGUCGGGAGCAGCAGUGUGGCGACCUCAUCUCCUUCCACACGGUGGAUGCUGACAAAACCUCCCCCGGGUUCCUCUGUGCCCAGGAGAAGCUGUCUCAGUGUUACCAUCUCCAGAAAAAAAAACACUGCAACAAGAGGGUAUUCGUCACAUGCCAAGACCCAAACCCAGCGGGCCUGGCCCCAGGCACUGUGGCAAGCAUCAUCCUGACCCUUGUACUCCUGGUGGUGCUGCUGGCCAUGUGUGGUCCUCUGGUCUACAAGAAGCUGGUGAAGAAAUUUCGUCAGAAAAAGCAGCGUCAGUGGAUUGGCCCCACAGGAGUGAACCAGAACAUGUCUUUCCAUCGAAGCCACACAGCAACUGUGCGGUCCCAAGUUGAGAACCCAACAGCCUCUCAUGUGGACAAUGAAUACAGCCAGCCUCCCAGGAACUCUCACCUGUCUGCUUAUCCAGCUCUGGAAGGAGCCCUACACCGAUCUUCUACACAACCUGACAACUCCUCUGACAGUGACUAUGACCUGCAAGUGGCUCAGAGACUGUAAAAGCGCCAGUGUCUACGCUUGGACAUUUGUCCUUUGUACCUCACUUGAGGUCAUCAAUGAAGGCCAAGAGCAUCCCCUCCAUCCUGAGGAAGCCUUUACCACUUUGAGUGCUGCCCACUUCCACUUCAGCCAGAACCUGGACAGAAGCCAAGGUCCUCUGGACAAGAUCGCGGGCCCUGCAGUGGCAGGCCAGCUCCCAUAUCCCCUAUGGCCACGGCAGCCUGACUGCUUCCUGCAAGAGCCAACACUCAGCAGACAGAGCCUACGAGCAACCAAUCCUUGCAGAGACUCCAGUAUCCAGGAGUCCCAAUCCUCUAGGAGCCACUGUGACCAGUGGGGUUGGCUUUCUCCUUGGACUCUGACGCCAUUGAACAAAUGAGGAGGCGAUACACCCAAGUGGGGUACUUACAAGGACUUAUUUCUCAAGUGUAUUUUUAAUAUAUUCUUUGUAAAUAA